AUUGCUGCACCAUUCACGUCUUGACUUUUCUCUCAGCAUUCCCAUGUUCUUUCUCAGGCAGUUACAAUUUCUAGUUCAGGUACAUAUUUUGUAGUGAUACUGUGUUGGUUCUUUCCUGUGACUUGAGAUGUACCUGUCAUUAGAGCUCCACCUGUCCCGAGCCAGGUGGGAGGGCCCAGCCCGCCCUGCGCAUAUCUUGCUCUCAGGGCAGAGGAGCAGGAGGGUGAAAUGUGGCCCAACAGGUCUGAUGGGAGCUCAGAGAGAACGAGAGCUUGCUGAGAGACUGACAAGCCUGUCAAGCCAGGUGGACUGUACAGCAGCCGGGUUGGGAAUCAAACAAUGACUCUGCUGUGUUCCUGUUCCUGAGUGUGAACCUGUGCGGCUAUAGAGUGACCCUCGCCAUACUUUAACAAGAGUGGAAUUUCCCUUGCUCCAUAGUGCCGAUGAGAGUCAGGAAGGGGCUUUGAGAGGAAGAGUGGGAGGAGGGUCUGUUGGGCUGGGGAAGGGGUGGGGGAGACACACCGUGGAGCCGUGGAGUGGACACAAGAGUAGACAUGCUUCACUACGGGCUUGGGCGAACGGUUUCCAGCACCACAACUACCGCCGACUCUCCAGAGUCCAGCAGUGAGAGGUCAAUCCGACGCCUCCGUUUGACCCUCCACGCAGGAGAUGCCGCAAACAACGAGUCCAGAUCUGCUUAUUCGGAUGCGGAUGACAAAGAUGGCUGGAAAAAAAGGAAUGGGCUCAUCCAAAGGGAGAGGCCAGCUGGUAGAGAGUCACCCAAGCAGCACCUCAGUGACAUGACCAAUGGGCUGCCAGAGCCUUCGCUGCAGCAGCGUGGCCCUAAAAUGUAUGGCGUAGUGCAAAGGAACAACACGGACAGACAACAGGAAGUGAUGGCGCGCGAGUGGACUGUCCAUCACCUUCAUGAUGAAAUGAGGUACAUCAGGGAGGUGAGGGAUUCCUUGGAGAAGGUCAGAGAGCGUAUGUAUGGCCAGUUUGGAGGCAUGCAGCAAUCUGUGCACAAGCUCUCACAGGAAAUAAGGGUUGCCAACUCCCGCCGCAGGAAUCUGGAGUCCGAGGUAAAGGUUCGCACGGCAGCCAUGGACAAAUUUGAUCAGAUGAACAGCACCCUGAUAUCAGCCAACAUUGGCCUGCAGAAAUCCCUCCUAGAGAACUGUCAAACCCGAGUGGACGUAAGAGAGGACAUGAAGAGUUUACGCAGCACCUGUACGAAAACACAAGAACAGCUGAGAGACAAGGAGAGAGAACUGGCUGCGGCACAUGCCGAAAACCAAAAUCUAAGACUUCAGGUGGAAUCUUCACGAGAGGCCAACAGCAGGGCCCUCAUGGAGCUCUCCAUGACACUCCAAAGGGACUACGAGGAAAAGCUGCUGGAAGAGCGAAGGAAACACAGGGAGGAGAUUGAAAUACUCCAGGCCCAACUGGAUGAGUACAUCAGACGACUAGAGGAAGCAGAGCUGAACAUCAAAAUUGCAGAGGCCAAAAUUGCAGAAAGGGAUGAGAGGAUCUGUGAAGUGGAGCGCCUACUUGACUGCAUGGGAACGGAAAAGAGUCAACUACAGCAAAAACUGCAGGAAUGUGAGCGCUUGCUGGAGCUGAGUGAUACAACAGACGGACCUGCAGUCAUAAGGUCCCAAGAUCUGCACGUCGAAGCUGGAAGUCUGAGAGAGAGAAUCAAACACUUAAAUGAUAUGGUCUUCUGCCAACAGCGGAAGGUCAAAGGGAUGAUUGAGGAGGUGCAAACACUACGAGCUCAAGUCGCUCAGAAGGAUAUGUUCAUCUCAGAGCUGCUGGACCGAAUUGCAAUAGUGGAGUGUGAGAAUAAUGAAUUAGAAGACAAGCUCAAGUAUUUUAUGUCCACACAGAAUAGUGAAGAAGAAGAUAUGGACAUUGGGGAGAAAAGACUAGUCUGCAAUAUUCUCCCAAGAGUUGAAGAAGUGCCGUGGCAUGAUGUUGAACUUCCUAUUCUGCAUGAACUGAAUCAUCUCAAUCCCAUAGACCACCCCCCACCUGAUCCAUCACCAUUUGCCAUACCACCUCCGCCACAAAUGCCACCUCCUUUACCGCCAGAACCUCCAUUAUCACCCACACAACCUCCAUUACCACCACUACCUUCAUCCCCUACACCACCUUCAUCACCCACCCAAACGACACUCCCCAUUCAACCCCCGUCAUCUCCCACGGAACCAUCAGCCCUACCUUCACUGUACCUAACAAUGCCCACACAAGUAAGGACAUUCAGGCCUAACAAUCCUCCGCCCAGCAGGCUGGAGUCCAGUUUACUUCGCUACACGCCUGUUGAGUACAGCCGCUUCUUAGAGUCCAACCCGACACCACCGAGAGAAAUGUUCUACUCCAGCCGAAACUCAUUCGAUUCCCAAACUUCAGCAAGCCAGUUCAGAGACGAGGUGGACGCUGAGUCGCUGUCCAAUCAAGACGAGUCUUCAACGUCGUCUCAAAGAGCAAAACCAAGGAUACGCUGCCUCAAUACACCAUUCAUGAAAUUAAUGGAAAUAACAGCUAAUAUAAACAUACAGUUACAAAUGUCACAGUGGUUUGUAAUACUGCUAGCUGUGAUGUCCUCGCCGUGGACAGAGCGCCAGGGACAGGUGGGAGACUUGAGGAACCAAAGUAGAGAACAGCUCCAAGAACUACUGCUGCGACAAAACGCCGUACUCUCGAACAAGAAAUUAAUAGAGACUCUUCCUGACAAAGGGAAGAAGCUGAGAGACUUUGCAGAAAGGAUACAACUUGCCAUUGAGCACCGUGAUGAAGAUGACAGGAGGAAGAGUUUGGUGUCGGCAGCCAGAACAGAAUUCCAGUCCAAAUACCAGCAAGCCUUCACUGUGCAGCAACAUGCGGUGCAAAGUGAGGUAGCAACCUCACCGUCGACGGAAGCGUUACCUGCCUGCAUUCAUGCGGAGCAGGACAACGACACUGUGGUUGGACUUGUCAGCAGAGAGGCUGCUGCUGAAACCAUGGUGAUGGCCGCCUCUGGGGCUUCUCUGAACUCUGUUGGGACAAAAGAGAGCGACCUUGAAGAAGCCUUGGGAAGGGUCACCAUCUCUACUAGCACUGGUUCUAGUGGUAAAAACAAGGAUAAGGAGGACAAUUACUUCCUCAGGAAGCAGACGUCAAAAAAGCCUCACAUUGUAACAGUCCUUGAAAGGGCGGAGAAUACUUCCACCCCUCGUCAUAAAUUCAAACCAAACCAGCGAGCAAACAGAGGCAACAACUCUCCGUCUGACCCCUCAUCACCCAGCCUGUCGUCUGAGGGGUCGUCUCCGCUCUCGGCACAGGCCAGGAGGGAGCGUGACAAAAAACACCUGGAUGACAUCACGGCCGCAAAGCUACCUCCUCUCCACCACAACCCAGCCCAGCUUCUGUCUCUGCAAGAGUCUGCAGACCUCCUGAGAGAACAGACUAAGAAACAGCAGGAGCUCCAGGCCAAGAUGGCAGCACAAAAACUGUCUGAGGGAUUGAAGAUCUGCAUGGACACCUACAGUCCUGACAGCGGCCCCAUGGCGGCCUACAGGGAGGUACAUGAUGAAGGAGCACAGCUCUCCUCAGAAGAAGACUGACCCUGGAAGUUUGUGUGACCCCUGAACCCCUGAGGAAAACUUUGCCUGAAUCGUGGAUGGAAUUUGAAUG